UUACACGCUUGCGUAGUGGAAAGUAGCUGCUGAUGCAAGAAACACAAGGGUGCUCAUAGUGACUCUGAUCUGAACACAUUGGGUUGAGAGACAUUCGCAAACGAGCUGCAAACAUGUCGGGAGACGAGAUGAUCUUUGACCCCACCAUGACUAAGAAGAAGAAGAAGAAGAAGAAGCCCUUCAAUGUGGACGAGGAUGCAGGUGAUGGUAUGACAGAGGAGUCCCAGCCAGUGGAACCCAAAGAGGUGGAGCCAGAGGGACAAGACGAGAAGGAGUUUGAUGCUGAUGAGGACGAAGGCAGAAGGAAAGAACCAUCAGAUGAUUUGGAUGACUUGAACUUUUUUAAUCAGAAAAAAAAGAAGAAGAAAGGAAAGAAAGUGUUUGGUGAUGACAUUGAGGAAGGCAUAAAGGACCUGAAAAUCGACAGCGAUCACACGGAGCCAGUGGAUGAGGAUGACUUAGACCUCUUGCUGCCAACCAAGAAGAAAAAAUCAAAGAAGGUGGACUUCCAGGACGAGGGGGAGAUGCUGGAGAAGGAUGAGGCUCUGGAUGAUGAUAUUGGCAAGAAGACAGAUGGCAUCACCUUCAGCUCAAUGACAGGACCUGCGUGGGCAGGGACAAAUAGGGACUACAGCUACGACGAGCUGCUGGACCGAGUCUUUAACAUCAUGAGGGAGAAGAACCCCGACAUGGUGGCGGGAGAGAAGCGCAAGUUUGUCAUGAAGCCCCCACAGGUGGUGCGUGUGGGCACCAAGAAGACCUCUUUCGUCAACUUCACAGACAUCUGCAAACUGUUGCAUCGCCAGCCCAAACAUCUUCUGGCCUUCUUAUUGGCUGAACUUGGUACAAGUGGCUCCAUUGACGGAAAUAAUCAGCUUGUGAUCAAGGGAAGAUUUCAGCAGAAACAGAUAGAGAAUGUCCUGAGAAGAUAUAUAAAGGAAUAUGUCACCUGUCACACGUGUCGCUCUCCGGAUACCAUUCUGCAGAAGGACACACGUCUGUACUUCCUGCAAUGCGAAACGUGUCACUCCCGCUGCUCUGUGGCUAGCAUCAAGACCGGCUUCCAGGCUGUCACAGGAAAGAGGGCUCAGCUUCGUGCCAAAGCCAACUAAUGAGAGGGAGCACCUGCUUUCUGCCCCUUCUUAUCACCCCCCUAACCCCUCUUCCAGGCCAACUACAGGGGAACCACUGAUAGCCCACUGCUGCCCUAAUUUGAGUCCAUCGAAACGGCUAAUUUCUUACCAUGAGAGGCCAUGGACUUAUUGGGUAUCAUGUGGGAAAGGUCUUUGAUGUUUUGGGGGGUUUGUUGAUGUGACGCUGUAGGUAUAUAUUCUAUUUUGUUUGCCCAACUCCCACCUUCUCAGAUAUGCAGGACAGGAGCCAAAGGGCCUUCGUGCAGAGUCCCUGUGAGGCAGUGGGUCCUGUAAGAACCACCCCGGUACUGAUGUGGUCCUCACCAUAUCGCCCCUCCCCAGCCCCUCCACUUUUGAAUUUAUCCAGCGUAUCAAGUGCUCUUGGUUAAAUCAGAGAAGAAUUCAGAACUUACUGAGUCGACCCCUUUCCCCUCCAUCUGCCUAAGAAUAUGAGAUGGUUUAAUCAUGUAUGGUUCUACCACAUGGCAGUGCUCUCAGGGAAGAUGGCCGCAGUCCAGUGUUGUUCCAUUCACAAGCUCUAGGUAAAUUACCUCAAAGCUUUAGAGAGCUCAGUGGGUGUAUGGAUUGGGUGGACUCCGGUCGUAGAAGAUGAACGGUGGAAGCUUGAUUCGACAUUUUCUAAUCUGCCGUCGAAUAUCAGUAUUGGUGAAGGACAAGAGAAGUGUGUGUACUGCUGUCAUGUACAAAGGCUGUUCGCCUCACGGGGUAGGCGUUGAACAGUUUUUAAUCAACUUCUGUAUUUUAGACCGUCGGAAUUGUGAUCUCUUUUUCAGAGUAAUUUUAUUAUGGCCCAUAAGAAACAACAUAAUGUGGCAUCCACUUUUAACCCAGAGCAGCAGAUGUGCGGAUUUGAGUGUUUUGGAAUAAAAAUGUUAAAUGAA